AUGGCCGAUGGUGUUUCCGGUGAAAAUGAUAUGGUGGCCAGCGGUGUUAUCCGACAAGAAUGGCAGAUUUUCGUGAAAACCCUAACCGGGAAGACGAUUACUCUCGAAGUCGAGAGCAGUGACACCAUUGACAACGUCAAAGCCAAAAUCCAGGACAAAGAAGGUAUCCCACCAGACCAACAGAGAUUAAUUUUUGCUGGAAAGCAAUUAGAAGAUGGCAGAACUCUUGCUGAUUACAACAUCCAGAAGGAAUCCACACUUCAUUUGGUUCUUAGACUCAGGGGAGGAACUAUGAUCAAGGUCAAGACUCUGACUGGAAAAGAAAUUGAAAUUGAUAUUGAACCAACUGAUUCUAUUGAUCGGAUCAAGGAAAGAGUUGAAGAGAAGGAAGGAAUUCCUCCUGUUCAACAGAGGCUGAUUUAUGCUGGGAAACAGCUUGCAGAUGAUAAGACUGCAAAAGACUACAAUAUUGAAGGGGGUUCUGUUCUUCAUCUUGUUCUUGCACUAAGGGGUGGUGCCAAGUGGUAAGUGGUAAGUGGUAACAAUCAAGAAAGACUACAUGUUUACCAAAGUUUAGUAAUGAAACUAUGUAUAUGGCUGCCUACCUUAGUCUCAUUUGACUUUUUUAUAUUUUUAUUUUAUGAGCAUUUAUUUGCACUUGAUGUCAUUUGAAAACAAAUUGAGCUUUUAUCCUAUAUCUUUGCUAUA